AAAGAGAGCAGAUGUGGUGACGACGUCAGCUUAUUCCUUAUUCCUCUUGGACCGUCGAUUCUAACUAAGAGAGGAGAGAACCAAGCCUCAGCGAUCGACGCCUGACAUUCGGUGGCGAUUCUCUUCCCAUUCAAGCUAAAACAGAGACUGUUUUUAAGCAGAUCUUAUAUUAAAUGUUAAAUAAAUACCACAACUGGUCUCAAAUCAACGGCAGUGCUGUUUCCCACUCCGAAAGCUCUGGCAAAAGACUCAACGGGGAACAGGGAACAAAAUAAUUUCCCUGCUUCUGCACAAAGCUCGGCGGGGCUUUGGGACACACGCUGUGGGGAAGUGUGGUGAGCAGCGGCCAUGGAGUGAGUGCUCCAUUGAGUGAGUCGUUUUGGGGAGUCGAGUGUGCAGAGCGGCAUGCUUCCACUCACAGCGAUUGGAGCUUGUUCAUUUGGAUGCUUGGCGAGGACUCUGUAAUUUUUGCGAACGCUAUAACUGUUUUCAAGGAUAGGCGAUGCCCACGUGCUGGCUGGGGAGCACGCAAGAAUAAAAAACGCACAGCCAUCGCACGGCGACGACUUCGUCAAUAGUCGCCAAUCGUCAAUCGUCAAUCGUAUCGUCCUUUCGUCCCGUCGCGGUUCGUUCUCGUGGUCGCUGUCACCCUUUAAGGCAGUUUCGGAAUCAGAGCCAUGGCGGAGCCCCCCCCCCCCCCACCCUCCCUCCGUUCGAGGUUCGCUGACGAUGUGAUUCUCUCUCGCUGGGAAAUUCUUGCCUAAAAUGCACAAAUCAACUAAAUGAAUCAACAAAUGCCGACACCGACACCGACACCGAUGAUGCCCAAAGCCUGAGAACUAAACAGAGCCCGCACUGUGCUUUUUUUUGGUGUGUUUUUUGUGUAAUGACAAACCAAGUGCCAGUGCUGUGAGCCUGGAGCAAGGAUAAACCAAAGUACGCGCUUUUCUAAUCGCUUUAGCCCUUGGGCCCCCCCAGCCAUCCUGUGCCCGGAAUGGAAUAUAUUCGAACGAGUGUCUAAGUACUUGUAAAAGUCGCCUUCGCAAGGGUAAUUUGAAUGAUACCAGGUCCCUCGAAAGGGGAGCAUCCUUGGGGGAGCAUCUGCAACAUCAACAACAUCAAGUGCUGGAUAAACUUUUCGCUUUCGCCAGCCAACAACCGAGAACGGAGACCAGAGACCGGAGAACGGCGAACGGAGAACGCCUAGCAGCUGCGUUUUUGUUAGAAUAAAAUGAAGGUUUCUGAUUUCUAUCGAGCACAUUCUGCAAGUCACGUCAGCCCGUGCAAAGGAUGAGGCGUCCAAGAGUACUAUAUAGGGCAUCAUCAUCAGCAUCAAACGCGGCCCAGACCCAGACCCAGACCCAGAUACGGACCCGGACCCGGACCCGGACCCGGACCCAGUCGUCGCAUCCCCAUACUCGUCUCCAGACGACGACGGGCCUAAGUCUCAUCCGGCUGCUCGCCGUUGUCUCGGUAAUUGGAUCGCAGUUUCAUUCUGCUCUGGGCACUGGCACUGGGACAGGCACUGGCACAGCGAGCGUCGAGCCGGCGGCCUCCACCACAGCGAGCGCACAGAACAGCAGCAGCAGCGGCGGCGGCGGCGGCAGCAGCGGCAGCCGUCGAGCCGAGAAUAAUAAUUUAUUUUUUGAUGACCAUAAUACAACUAAGGCAAUAUCAUCAGCCGCUGUUGGCCCGUCAGCAGCAACCAGCACAACCCUUUACGUAUCCCAGACCGGGCCCCAGUCGCAGUCUCAGGGGCAGGGGCAGGGGCAGGCCCAAAUGCCAUCGAAAACGACGGACACGCCGCACCCAGCAGCACACUUUGCCGUACCCACAGGACUGAAGCAGGCAGCGUACGCCGUGAAAACACCAGACAGCAGCAAUGAGAUUAGCCAUAGCGCACCAAUCAAAAAUUUAAUUACCAGCCUUGAGCGCCCUGGGACAACAGACGUGCUGCCACCGACAACAGUGGCUGUGGCUGUGGCUGUGGCAGAGGCAGAGGCAGCACUGGCAGUAGCAACAACAAAAAGCGCCAGGAGCACCGUUAAGCAACCCAUCGACUCCACACGAUCCCGGAACCAUUGGACAGUGGGAGGCUCCGCUGGCCAUGAGACGGAGAGGCCACGCACCUUUCGCAGCAAGCACCAUCAUGAGCACCACUGGGGGCCCUUUUUCGAGGAACCAAUCAGCUCGGUGGCCGCCGGGGAGAGCCUCAUCUCCGCCGUGCACCUGUUCACCGAGGCGGUGCUCAACUGUCGCGUAGGCAUGCUCAAGGACAAGACGGUCAUGUGGGUCAGACGCACCACCGAAAAGGUGUCGCUGCUCACGGUCGGCAAUGUCACGUACAGCGGAGAUCCGCGGAUUCGCGUCAAGUUCCAGUACCCGAACAACUGGCGAUUGCUGAUAAAUCCCACACAGCGGGAAGAUGCCGGUAUCUACAUGUGUCAGGUAUCCACCCAUCCGCCGCGGGUGUUUACCACCAACCUAACCGUUUUGGAGCCCCCUUUAAGGAUAAUUGAUGAGCAUGAACGGGAUGUGGGCGACCGAUACUACAAGUCGGGGAGUACCGUGGAUCUGCAAUGCCAAAUAUCGCGCAACUUUUUCCAAAAGGAACGUUACAACAUACUCAAGUCAAGCGAUCAUCCAGCCACACCCAAAUUACUCUCGAACGAGACGGCCAAUGAACUAAAUCUGAUCGGUGACACAAACCAAACUCAACUGAAACUAACCAGCCAGGAGCUGGAGAAAUACUUUACAAAGUUUAUUACAUGGGCCAAGGACGAAGAACCACUCCAACCACUGACCAAUAAACGCUCAAGCGUAUCUGAAAAAUGGCUAACUAGUCGCAUCUCCAUUGAAGAUGCAAAGAUCUCCGAUAGUGGAAACUAUUCCUGUUCCCUUGGCAGACUAUUUACUGUAAUUGUCCAGGUACAAGUUCUUACAGGGGAAUUACCCGCUGCUGUCCAACACAACUUGGCGCCCAGAUCCGAAGGCUUUUGGUGUCUCCUUCUAAUGCCAAUUGCUUUCCACUUCGUACUUCGUAGACGACAUCUUGACAUUAGUAUGACGAGUGCUUAAGAUGACGAGAAUCAGACAUUGAUUGGAUUUCCACACACCGUUUACCUAGUAAAUAAUGUAUGUAAUACUUUCGGAUAACUUUCGUGUGUGUAAAACAGUAACAGUAACUGGCUACUUGUCCAAACCCAUAUUCAUAUAAACAAUAGGAUUUUAUAUAUCAAUUUACAUGGCAUUACGCUUAUGUCAGGAUCUCUCUUUCGGCCUUCGCGUUCUUCUCCUUUACAAAACAAGAUUAGGAAGAACUUGAUGUGAAGUCUGUGUAUCAGUUUCCCCUCCCAACACCCAACACCCCUUGCCACACCUUAUCAUAUAUUGUACUUCGAAUGUAUUAGCUUUAUUUAAAGUAAAACCAAAAAAUGAAGAAAGUACAGCCUUUAGGUAUGCAAUUUUGUACAAAUUCAGUGAGCUUAAGAAGGAUUUAUUUUGUUUUGUUCUUGUGAUGUUUUGUCUUAGUUAUGAAUCAUACAACAAAUUUAACGAUGUGAUUUCGUUCAGUAAUUAUGUAAAUACAUAUUGUAAAAUUGGUAAGGUUAAAUGCAUGAUUUACAAAUGUUAUCCUUAUACGGUUUGAUUAUUGUUCUCCUUUCACAAAUCAUGUUGAUUAUGUAUAGUUAAAUCCUUGUAAUUAAUCGGGAGGCAUUCUACAGGAUCCCCAAAACAAACAAAUAUUGUUAAACUGAAGUCAUUGUGUAAUUAAUUAUUAUUGAAUGAGUAAAUCAAAAUACUUUCAAAUAUACGAACCAUUAAUAUAAAUUAUCGUA